GUCCAGCCAGGCAUACGGAAAAAAAAAAAUCAGGCUGUUGGAGAAUUUUCUCAUAAUGGCUUCGAUGCAGACCCCCCCAGUGCGUUUAACCUCGCAACAGAAUUUCACCUAUCGCCUUGUCCUCGCAACCCUGACCGGGCGACCGGUGCACAUUUCGCAGAUCCGGUCCAAUUCGCCUGCCAACCCCGGUCUAGCGACACACGAAAUAUCAUUUCUGCGACUUUUAGAAGCGAUUACGAAUGGCUCACAAAUGGAGAUUUCGUACAGUGGUACGAUUAUCGUCUACAAGCCCGGGCUGAUUACAGGAAGCUCGUCGGGGCUGGGUGCCAGCAAUGGCGUGGUUAGACAUGAGAUUCCGUCGAAUUGCGCGCGCGGGAUAAGCUACUUUCUGAUCCCGCUGUGUCUUCUUGCGCCCUUCUCCAAGGGCCCUGUGAACGUGCUCUUUACGGGCCCAGGGGUGAUCACAUCGGCCACGCCGACGGGGGAUAUGUCGGUGGAUGCGGUUCGCAUGGCAAUUUUGCCAUUAUACAAACAGUUCAAUAUUUGGAAUAACAUUGAAUUGCGGAUACUACAACGAUCGAAUCCUGGGAACAAUGGCAAGGGAGGCGGGGGGGAGGUUCAGUUGGUUUUCGGCCACCAAGUGCGGUUGCCAAAGACGCUGCAUUUGAUGAACCCAGGACGAAUCAAGACUAUACGCGGAGUUGCUUAUUCGACGGGUGUUUCUGCCACUAAUAAUGCGAGAAUGAUUCAGACUGCCAGGGGGGUUCUGAACCCGCUGGCUCCAGACACAUAUAUCGCCUCUGAUGCCUCUACUGCACCGUUGAUCCCCGCGCCAGAGAGAAAUAAUCCGGCUGCGAAGAGGAAGACUGGCCUUGGCUUUGGUCUUUUCCUUGUCGCAGAAACAUCCACAGGCUGUUUGUUUUCGGCGGAUAUUGCCUCGCCGCCGGCAGGUGGAGAGCCGCCUGAGGAUAUCGGCAAGCGGUGUGCGUAUCAACUGCUCGAAACGAUCUCCAAGGGUGGCUGUGUUGCUCCUGCGGCUGCACCCACGAUGCUGAUGCUGAUGGCGAUGGGGUCUGAAGAUGUUGGGCGUCUUCAAAUCGGGAGGGAGGUCAUUGCAGAUCAAGGAUUGAUCCAGUUUGCGCGAGAUUUGUCCAAGUUUGGCGCGGCAGGGUGGGGGAUUCGAGAUGCAGCUGAGGAGAAUCUGGAUGGAGAUGUGGUGGUGAGCAUUGUUGGAAAGGGGAUUGGAAAUGUUGGGCGAAAGGUUGCAUGAGAGAAUACAUGUGUACUCUCGAGUGCGAAAGUUAAUUUCUAGCUAUCGAUGCGUUCGUCUGAAUGAAACAGUCCAAGCGUGGAC